CGGAAGAACUGCCUUGCGCUAUUGCCCCUUUGGUUAAAUUAUAUGAAGGUACUGGGUUAAUAGAAUAUGAAACAAAAGAAUCACAAACAAUACGGCAUGCAGAUAAUAAAAAACCCAAAAGUCACCUUCCUUUGUAUAAUGAGUUUUUUCCUGAAUUAGUUCAAAUUGAAACACAUUUAGAGGAUUUUUUUUUAUAUUCGAGUUUGUCUAAAAGUAAGCAAAAUAAACAAAAAAAAUGGCAAUUAAGUCAUGAACCUGAAACUGAAAAUGAAUUAGUUAAGAAACAAGCACGUUUACGGCACGUUUAUGAAAUUGAAGUUGAAACUUGUGAAAUUGGCGUGCAAGUUAGUAAAGAGACCCGUGAG